UUAAUAGUACAGGUUGCUUCAUCAAAUUAAUUCAUGUUCGCGUCACUUUUGUUUAAAAUUUUGAUGAUAAUUUGCAUGAUCUGACAACAAUGACCGAAUAAUUAAGACAGUAGGGGUAAAUAAUAAAAGAUGUCUUCAACGACGGAAUCUACCCCAGAUGAUGGGAAUGUCGCGAAUAACAGUACUAAUACUGCACCAAAAGUCGGUACCGGUACUACUGCUACAUCAGCUACUACAACCACAACAGCCCCAGCUUCAGCUACUGAAUUGAGCAGCAAAACGAACAAUUUUCAGAGAAUCGCUCAAAAGAAAAUGCUUGUCAGAAGUUUUCCAAGGAACAAAAAAUUAGAAAAAUUAGCUGUAUAUUCAAGUUGCAAGUCUGAAGGGUGCAAAUGCAAUGGAUGGAAAAACCCCAACCCACCCCCACCCCAACCUCCAGUAGCAGAUGCAGCAUCUCAGCCUCUCGCAUCUCUGACGGAGCCGUGUAAGAGUUGCCGCCAUCCUCUAGGAGCUCAUGUCUCCCACCUCGACAACACUGACGAGGAGGAACUGAACAGGCUGCUGAGAAUUGUUGUGGACGUGGAGAAUUUGUUUGUUUGUGUUCACAGAGAGGAAGAUGCUGAAGCUAAACAAGUGUAUUUUUACUUGUUUAAGCUUUUGAGGAAAUGUAUUCUGAACAUGAGCACACCUUCAAUAGAGGGAUCCUUGGGAACUCCACCUUUUGAAAAACCAAGUAUUGCCAAGGGUGUCACAAACUUUGUUGUGUACAAAUUUGGGACUUUGGCCCAAAAAGAAUGGCAGACGAUGUACGACCUGGCCAAGAUGUUCCUGCACUGUUUGAACCACUGGAAGUUAUGGCCCCCUGCUAGCCGGGGCCAACAGUUGGAUGAGAAAGAUGAAAAUGAUUACAAGUUGAACUACACUAGGUGGUUGUGUUUCUGUCAUGUGCCAGCAUUCUGUGAUAGUCUACCCCGUCAUGAGACCACCCUGAUAUUUGGACGCACUCUGCUGCGCUCAGUGUUUCAGACCAUGAGGAGACAACUGCUGGACAAGUUUAGGGCAGAGAAAGACAAGAUGCCACCAGACAAAAAAACUCUGGUCCUGACACAUUUCCCUCGAUUUCUGACCAUGCUGGAGCAAGAAGUCUAUGGCAACAACUCUCCCAUCUGGGACCCGGAGUUUGCACAGAACACAUCCAAUUUACCCACCCCCUCUCCUGCAGUGAGCCCAGGUGGAGCCGCAGGUGUCAGUGGUUUGAGCAGAUUCACCUCCUCCACCGUGGCCACAGACUCCUACAGUGCUUUAAACAUCAGUCCUGGCCUGCUGACCAAUGCCAGGAGGGCCUCAAGGUCUCAGGACACAGCAGACAAAAGAAAAGCUGAUGAAGCAGGUCUGAGUGACGGAGCCAAGCGACCAAAAAUAGACGGUGAUAUAUCAAGGGAGGCUAUAGAAGAAAUUUUGGCGGAGGCCAGUUCAGAUUGUGAUGCUGAGGAUGGUAUGGUUGGACCAGAGACACUGUGCCCCACCCAUGCAGCAAGGGACGAGCAGGCGCGGCAAGAAGAAAAAGAUGGUAAAAUUGACUUCCACAUCAUCAACAACUCCCUCAGCCACCGGCCCAGCAACCAGGUUUUUCUCUGGCUCAUCGAGGUCCAGAACCUCUUCUCUCACCAACUGCCUCGCAUGCCAAAAGAAUACAUCACACGCCUGGUCUUUGACCCGAAACACAAGUGUCUGGUGCUGGUCAAACAGAAGCACGUGAUUGGAGGGAUCUGCUUCAGGAUGUUCCCCACCCAGUGUUUCACAGAGAUUGUUUUUUGUGCUGUCACCUCCAGUGAACAAGUCAAGGGCUAUGGGACAACAUUGAUGAACCAUCUGAAAGAUUACCAUUUGCUCCACAAUAUCACACAUUUCCUCACAUUUGCUGAUGAAUUUGCCACUGGAUAUUUCAAGAAGCAGGGUUUCUCUAAAGACAUCAAGCUACCCAGAACCCAGUACGUGGGCUACAUCAAGGACUACGAAGGUGCAACACUGAUGGGCUGUGAGCUGUGUUCCAGGAUUAACUACACCGACUUCUCACGCGUCAUACGCAAGCAAAAAGAUAUUGUGAAGAAGAUAGCUGCCAAGAAAAGCAUGGAGACUGAGAAGGUGUACAGUGGGGUGGGCCUGUUCAAAGAUGGCGUCAAGCUUCCAAUACCACUGGAAUCUAUUCCUGGGCUGGUGGAAUCUGGUUGGAAACCACCGGUCAAGAAGGAGAAGGAGACUCCAUUGGACCCUGAUCAGCUGUACACCAGUCUUAGGACAAUUCUACAGCAAGUCAAAAGUCAUGCAAGUGCCUGGCCCUUUCUGAAACCAGUGGACAAGUCUGAGGCCCCGGAUUAUUAUGAUCAUAUCAAGUUUCCUAUGGACUUGCGGAGCAUGUCCGAGAGAUUAAAAGCCAGAUAUUACAUCCACAAACAUCUCUUCAUAGCUGACAUGAAUCGCAUCAUCACAAACUGUAGGUCCUACAAUGAACCUGACACGGAGUACUACAAGUGUGCCAACACUAUUGAGAAGUAUUACAUCACCAAGAUGAAAGAAGCAGGACAUAUGGACAAAUAGUGGCUGGACAAAUUUAGACUGGA